UCAUGACUCGUCUUUUUCUCUUAGAUUAUGGAGCAGGAAACGUGCAGAGCCUGGCAAACUCCCUCACUGCGCUGGGGUACGAGUUUGAAUGGAUAAAGUCAACAGAUGACUUUCACAAAGCAGAUAAACUCAUAUUCCCAGGAGUGGGCGCUUUUGGUGGCGCCAUGGAAACACUCCAAAAGGCUGGCUUGACGGAUCCAUUGCGUGAAUACAUCGAUUCUGGCAAGCACUAUUUUGGCAUUUGCAUCGGGAUGCAGGUGCUCUUCGCUUCUUCGACCGAGAAUCCAGAAAUACAAGGGCUCGGCAUUAUCCCCGCUCCAAUAGAAAAAUUCGAGUCACUCCCCAGUCGACCGGUCCCUCACAUGGGUUGGAACGGUGUCCGGCUUGUUGAUGAAGAAAAUAAGGAACAAGAAGCAGCCUGUACAGGGUUGAGCGAGGACCUCAGCUACUACUUUGUUCACUCAUAUCGCGCCGCAUACGACCCUUCACCACACUGUCCGUCCUCGUCUUGGGCGCAUAGUGUUACUAAGUAUGGCCAAUGCCUUUUCUUGGCGACUGUUCGGAAAGGUAAUGCAUUUGCAUGCCAGUUCCAUCCGGAAAAGUCUGGUCCUGCUGGUCUCCAAGUGCUAAAAUCAUGGCUCGAUGCACCGAUCUCCGUUGUUAACAGCUCCUGUGCCGUACCGAUGGUCUCCAAGCCGUUACAGGCGAAACCGCGGGACGGCUUCACAAAGCGGAUUAUCGCCUGUCUUGAUGUUCGAUCCAACGACGACGGCGACCUUGUGGUAACAAAGGGCGAUCAAUAUCAAGUACGCGAAAAGGCGCCCGCCUCAUCAGAUGCCACACAAGUCUCUGUCUCAGGCGCAGUUCGCAACUUGGGCAAGCCCCUCGACCUCACAACGCGGUAUUACAUGGAAGGCGCGGACGAGAUCUGCAUGCUGAACAUCACGUCCUUCCGCAACUCACCCCUAUCCGACCAGCCUAUGCUCGCAAUGACAUCUGCCGCCUGCGCACGUAUCCAUGUUCCACUCACUAUCGGUGGUGGGAUUCGAGACCUGGUCGAGCCUGACGGUACAAAACGGAGUGCGCUGGAAGUUGCCAGCGCGUACUUCCGCGCAGGGGCGGACAAAGUCAGCAUCGGCGGCGACGCGGUGGUCGCAGUUGAGCAACUUGUGGAACGCAAGGCGCGGGGAGAACCAGCACUUACGGGCACGUCAUCCAUCGAGACGAUUGCGCGCCCAUACGGGUCCCAGGCGGUGGUAGUGUCCCUCGACCCACUGAAGAAGUAUGUCGAAGCGAGUUGGGACCAAGCCGCAUUUGGCCCGAUCCCGGCCGAGGACGAGCUCAUACACGCCAAACACGCGCUCUCACCGCUACCAUCGGAAGCGGGCUCAGAAAAGAAAUGGACGUACCUGUGCACGAUGCAUGGUGGUCGAACCGUGCGCCCUUUGACGGCUCUCCAGCUCGCAAGGGGCGUCGAGGAGCUCGGUGCUGGGGAGCUGCUCGUCAAUUCUAUCGAUAGGGAUGGCCAAGGGAAUGGAUAUGACCUGGACUUGCUCACACUCAUCCGAAAGAACGUGAGCAUCCCUGUCGUUGCCAGUUCUGGCGCGGGCAAACCUCAGCACUUUGUGGAGGUGUUCGAGAAAACCGGCGUCGAGUCUGCCCUCGCUGCAGGUAUUUUCCAUCGGAGCGAGGUAGAGAUCAGUGAGGUGAAGCAGGCAUUGAAGGAAUCGGGGAUCCUCGUCCGCAGAGUAUGAUCUAUAUCGCAUAGCUUGUCUAGAACAUACAAGUAGAUCCGUUACGAGAGAGGCAUGUAGAAGACAAACGAAGAGAGACGCGAUUAAUACAUGUUCGGGACAACAACAGCGGCAGCAGGAAUGCGCGCGAGUGCAUACAUUCAUACAAUUCGCAGCGUGGGACGGGAUGUCGCGGGGAAUACAAAGUUCGAAAAAGAAGAGGAGAGAUAAGCCAUUUCGUCAUCAUCAUGAACAAACAGUCCAUUCUCGGCCACAGCUUAGCGGCGACUCACGCCUUUCAUCUUGCUCAGCAAGCUGCGCUUCCUUCCCAACCCGGGCGUUCCGGGCGUAGCCGGGCUUUCAGGAGCAUAGUGCGAGUCGAAGUAGCUAUCGUUUUCAUACCUGCUCGAGCCGCUCACAGGGGGUGAACGUGCUUCCGGUGGAAGGGAGGGAAGUGCCUUGUGCUUCGUCCCGUGAGGUGAGUGGACGACAACGAAUCCGUUCUCUUCUGCUGGGCUCAGAGGUGGGGACGAGGAGACCUCCUGAUGACGUGGGUUGCGUCCCAGGCGGCCAAAGAGGUUCAUCCCGCCCUUCCUUCCAGCCGACGAGCGCCCCUCUCGCUCGAAGGAGGUAUUGCUUGUGCUCGGGUGCACACCGAGCGAGCCAUUGUCACGUUCGGAAGCGUAGAGAACAGGACGGGGUUCCUCGAGCGAGGGAGAGCCGCUACUGUAUGCGUCGAAAGGGUUGACAGGGUCGGGCUCGUCGGGAUCGGGUGCACCGACGGGAACGUUAGGAUUCUCCCGCAUGGUACGGAUACGCUGCAUGAGGGAUUUGGUGCGCUUGAAGCGGGGUGGGGAGGUGCCUGGGUAGGCGGUGGGGGAGACGGGCGAGCCAAACUUCUCGUCCGCCCCUGGGGUAUCCUCUUGCCUAUCGCGGUACGAGUUGGGAUCAUAGUUUGAUCCAGGAAGCAUGAUCUGCUGCGGCGGGGGCAUGGCACGCGCGCGUCUAGCGUUGCGGGUGGCGUUGCGCUGUGCGUCGCCUUCGUUCCAGUAAUCGUUGUAUGCUGAACGGCCUAGGGAGCCAGAAGGGGCAGAAGCGGAUGUGGGGGUGUGACCGUUGUUGAUU